AUGCAUGUGUUUUCUAUUGCUGAUCAUGAUAAACAAAUUAAACUUAAAUUAGCUAAUCGUCUUUAUGCACAAAAAGCAUAUAAAAUUCAACCAGAUUAUUUAAGUCGUGUUCAAAAUUCUUUCAAAGCUGAUAUUAAACUUGAAGAUUUUGAAAAUGACAGUGCUCAUGCUGUUCAAACAAUAAAUGCAUGGGUUGAAGAACAAACUAAUAAAUUAAUUCAGAAUUUACUUUCAAAAACUGAUGUUUCAUCUGAUACACGAUUAAUUAUUGUUAAUUGUAUUUAUUUUAAGGGUACAUGGAUGGAACAGUUUAAAGAAAGUUUAACAAAUCCAGAUGCUGAUUUUUAUGAAGCUAAUGGUAAUGUUUCAAAAAUAAAACUAAUGUAUCAAAAAGAAAAAUUCGGUUAUGCUGAAGAUAGCUAUUUACAUGUACAAAUUGCUCAUUUACCAUAUAGAAGUGAUAAUUACGAUGUUGAAUUUGUUUUUACUAUAAUUUUACCUAAGCAAGGUGUUACAUUGGAUGAAGUUGAGCAAAAAUUAACAUCAAAACCAGGCUUAAUGCAACAAGUAUUAAGUGAUGAAAAUACAACAAGAAAAGAACUUCUUUUAUAUUUACCAAAAUUUAAAAUGGAAGCUGCAUUUGAAUUAAAUGAUGUUCUUAUACAACUUGGAAUGGUAAAUGCAUUUAUUGAUACCAAAGCAGAUUUUACGGGUAUUGUCAGUAAACAAGAUGAUAGAAAUGGAUCGGAAGCAGCAGCAGCUACUGCAGUUGUCAUGUUGUGUGGUUGUUCAGCAAUACUGGAGGAAGAACAGCCUAUUGAAUUCAAAGCUGAUCGACCAUUUUUAUUUUUCAUUCGUGAAAGUCGACAAAAUAUUGUUUUAUUCAGUGGCAAAUUCCUUUCACCACCGAUGGCUUCAUGA